AUGGCCGAGCCUAAGGUUACCUGGGGAGGUUAUUUUGCUUCUUAUGUGAGGAAGAAACCUCCUGCAGAAGCACCGGUAGCGACAGCGGCGCCCAAAGAUGAUGGUAAGGCACCACCACCCAAUGUACUUAAUCCCGUGGAUAUAUCUGCUGGCCAAGAAACAAAACCGAAGACGGCCUCGGUAAAGAAACCGUCGGAGGGAUUUCAACGCUCGACUUCAGGUACGAAGAAGCUCUAUGCAAUCCCUAAGGAACCAGUGGUAUCGGAAGCCUUAGCGGUACAGAGGUCUGCGUCAAACGCAUCGAGACUGGCGAAAAUGUUUGGAUAUUCGGGCAAUUCGUCGGCUCCUCCAGAACCAGAAAAGAUUGAAGAGCUACCGGUCGCGCCGCUUAUUGCUAUGGUCGAAGCACAAGAAAUAACCGAGAAAUUGUCAGCUGCGCCGAUUAGAAAUGUGCCAAAGCCGGAAAUGAUGCCAACCGUCGAAGCGGCGCUGCAAUACACGAAAAAGGACACCGUGGUACCAAUCAUUCAAAAAACGAGGAAGGAUGACACUCAAGACAUGUUGGAUUAUUUUGCCAGGCAACUCGAAACACCAGUGGACGAAAACUCUACCUUAGCCGGCAAGAAGAGGUUCGAUACACCAGAGAGCAAGGCGAUAGAUACGAUCGUCGUAGAGAAACCGGCACAGACACCCGUUAGGGCCAAACCGAAAGCGGUAGAUAUGUUGGAUUUCCUCGUAAACCAGCUCGACUCUCCCAACGACAAUCUGGCUUCGGCCAGUGGUAAAAUGAAAGAGGAUUCCAGAGUCGUCAAUGAAACAAAGCCGACUCAGUCUAAAGCCAAGGCAUUAGACAUGCUUGACUUUUUCUCAAGUCAACUGGAUUCGAUCGAUCCAAAACCAGCCCCACCUGCUACCAAGAAGACCGAUGUCCCGGGGGCUUUGCCAGCACAGACAGAAAUGCCUCCCAUCACCAGAAAGGACUCAAUGUGGAGUCGACAAGGUUCUGCGACUUCUUCCGAACUGAAUAUGGUCAUGAAGGGCCGUAAAAUCUCUGAUCCCCGUCCACAAAGCUCAAGCAAACCUGUCGAGGUGAGCAUGGAAACACGCAGGACACCGUCAAGAUACGGGGUUGGUGACGAACAGCUCAGGCUCGAGCGCGAGCUCAUGGAGGCAGAGCGUGAACGUAUGCUCCAGCUAGAGAAACAAGCUGAGAUAAUCAUUUCCGAGAGGGAACAGAUGGAUCUAGAACGCCAAACAAUGCUAGAGGAGCAGGCGCGAUUUGACGAGGAGGCAAAGCGAAUAGCGGAAGAGGAGGAAUCUAUGCGUAAAUUUAUAGAGAAUGUGGAAAGGGAAAGGCAACUGGACUUUGAGAAUCAGGAAAAGAAGCGGAUAAGAAGGGAGGCCGAAGAGGCCGAAUUGAGGAGAAUUGCAGCAGAACAGGAAGCUGAGAGACUGAGGAUACAGAUGGAAGAAGAGGCUGAACAGAGGAGGAUUGCAGCAGAACAAGAAGCAGAGAGGUUAAGGAUAAAGAUGGAAGAAGAUGCCCGGAAGGAAGCUGAACGAGUCAGAAUCAAAGAGCAAGAUGAUGCCCGGAGAGCGGCCGAGAUUGAGGCCAAAGAGCUGGCAAGGGAGACCGAGCUAGAGAGAAGACGAGCCGAGAAUGCAAAUAGAGAGGAGGCUGAUCGACUUGCUGCGGAGACGAGAAGAUCUGAGGAGGAGGCCGAACACCUAUAUUACGAGGAACAGGAGAGGAUAGAAGAAGCUGCCGGGCGGCAGAGCCGUGCUGACAAGGAAAGAGAAGAGGAAGAACGCUACGAAAUCGCACUUGCGGACGAAGAGGCACGACUCCGCGAAGUUGACAGGCAAAAGCGACGCGCAGCACAGCUCGCCAAUUCCGAGGUCCAGGCUCGCGCGGAUGAAAGAAUCGAAAGGGAAACUAGGCGAGCGAUGGCCGAGAAAGCCGACAGAGCCUACGAGCAGGAAGAAGCUGAGCGCGCCCGGGCUGUCGGGGCUGACAGGCUCGCCGAUGCCUACAAAUUCGAUAUGGAUGUGACCGGUCAGCCAAUGAUCAGCCCGUCCGUGUACGAGGAUGAGCUGUACGAGGACGAGUCGGACGAGGAUGAGAAGAACGAGGAUGAGAUGGAGGAGGAUGAGAUGGAGGAGGAUGAGAUGGAGGAGUAUGAAGAGGAAGAGCGCGAGGAAACCAAGGAGGAGAAGCUGCAAAAGGCAGAAGAGAAGAUCCGCCUGGCCUUUGCUGGUAUGGCCGAGGAGCGAGCACGACAACCCUCGGCAGCAAUUCCAAGUCCGAACCCGAUUCGAGAGGAUACACGAAUGAUGAGAAAUGAUAGAAUGCCGAUGCCGAUGCCGAUGCCGAUUCCGACAGCUGGGAGGAAUUUGAACGUCGGAAACCAGAAUGCAAGGCCAAGGCCAGAUGUCGGGGGUUCACGAUUCAACACCGCUGGGGGUGCAGGUGCAGGUCCAAGAGCAGGAGCAGCAGGUCCCCGGCCUCCAAUCCGUGGCGGCUUGCCGAGUGGACCCAGAGGUGGUGGAGGACUACCAGGUGGCCCCAGGCCAAGGAGAUAG